AUACCAGGAAGUGUACGGUUUGUUGUCACUGGAUGCAGGAUGUGAAGCGUAGCUGUCCUUCUUUGAAAGUAUGUGUCUGAAAGCAGAGCACCAUGGGUAACACAGAGAGCGUGCUGGUGCAGAAGCGGCUGGCCCGCUUUCGCCCCGAGGAGCGGCCUGUGGUCGAGGGGGUCUUCGACAGGCUCCAGGGCGGUGCUGGGGGCCCCUCAGCAGCAACAGGGAAGACUCUAACACUCCAGAUGCUGCAGUGCUCAAUGGGAAGCCUGGCACCUGACUCCAUGGUGAAGAGGGUCUACCAGUGCAUGUGUUGUAUAGACCCUGGACAGGCAGCACCUGCAGCCACAGGGAAGCCCAGCACCACUGCUGCGUCCGGAGUAGGUCGAGAACAAUUGGUCAUCUUCCUAGCAGACACCCUGCGAGGUACUGCAGAAGAACGGGCUCCUCUCGUCAUGGCCAUGUCCCAGCGUGGAGCAGGGCCAGCAGCAACAGUUGUGACAUGUGAGCAGGUAGCAGAGUUCCUACAGGACCUGAUUUCUGCUGUAGUUCAGAUUCUGGUCCACAGAGGGCGUCUGCAGGGCUGGAAACCAGAGAGAAUGGGUGAUGACUCCCUGGGUGUCAAACUCCUGGCAGAGCAGUUGUGUUCUGAACUCAAACCCUCAGAUCAGGGAGGUUGUGAUGUUUCCUCUCUGGAGGACUGGAUCUUCAGGGUCUCCCAGGUGUCCUUGUACCUAGAGAUGCUGGUAGCUGAAGGCCUAAAUGUGUCCCUGAGUGGCCGGCCGGCACCAACCCUGCUGCCCCCCUGCAGGGAGACGCCUUGGAAAGAGCUGAAGAGUCUGUUGGAUCUUCCCACACUCAUGUUUCUGGCACCACAGUUGCCAGACAGCUACAGUGCCCCCUGGAGACUUGUGUUUUCCACUCGACUGCACGGGGAGAGCUUCACCAGGAUGGUGGCUGGCCUGACUAAGCGUGGGCCCACCCUGCUGCUUAUCAGAGACACAAAGGGACAUGUUUUUGGGGGCUUCGCCUCACACGCCUGGGAAAUCAAACCACAGUUCCAAGGUGACUCCAGAUGCUUCCUGUUCACUGUGUCCCCCAGCCUGAGAGUUUAUACAGCAACAGGAUACAACCAACACUUUAUGUACCUCAACCAGAAUCAGCAGACCAUGCCCAACGGACUGGGUAUGGGCGGUCAGCACCACUAUUUUGGUCUGUGGCUGGACAGUAAUUUUGGUUGUGGUCAUAGCCGUGCAAGACCCAAGUGCACCACCUAUGGCAGCCCUCAGCUCUCUGGAGAGGAGGACUUCACUAUCGACUCAGUGGAAGUGUGGGCAGUCGGAAAACCCCCAGAACCAGAAGAGGGCGAGGAGGGACAGGGUAAGAAGAGUAUCCUGGAUAUGGAUCCAGAGGUCCAAGCGAUGAUGGAGAUGGCAGGGAAGACUCUGCACAGUCAGGGCCUCAGGGAACCAGAGGAAGACCAGGAGCAGUGAGGGGCAACAAGAAACUAAAACACUCUUACCUUACUGACGCUUCUGGCCCAACUACUGCUGAGACAAGUCGGGAGUUUAUCACCUGAUAUAGCUGAAUAACAAGACAUGUCUCCAAUAUACACCGUGAUAUCAGAUUUCUCUUUCCCUCAUUCUUCUACUUAACACACCAACUGCUGCUUCUUUUAAUGUCACGUGACACUAAAGUCAUCUUGUCAUGUCUACACCGAUCAGAUGUCAAACAUAGUAUUGGCUUGGGAAAGACAUAAUACAGGCUAUACUACUACUACUACUGUAUCUUAAAGCAGCUUAGUGCUUAAGCUGUCUGUAAAGUUGAUCUGACUCAUUCACACACAACUCAAAGACAACUUUCAUCUUCAGUGUGAAAAAGACGGGAAGAGAUGUGUCAUGGGUGUGUUCACACUUAAUUCUACCAAGCUACACUGUUUGGUUGACAGAAGAAAACUGUUUUUUAAGGAAUAUUUGAGAAAUAUCACAGAGCAGUCUAUCAAAGAAGAGGCAGCAAAACCAGUCUCUUAACCAGCUGUAGCCUCAGUCGACCAGAAUGCAAUGCAUCCACACGAUCGCUUAUGUGAAUGUAAUGUAUGUGAAAUAUUAGGGGGAACGAAGCACACCGCACCAUAAAUAAUUAUUUAUAAUAGCAAAUUGAUACAGUGAAUUAUCCUCAGAGUUUGGGUUCAAAGUGUGAUCGUGAAUUGACACUUCCUAAGUCCUGCCCCUUUUUGCUCUGGGAUCCAAUCACAGUUGAGCAAGUCUCGGUCAGAACCUCAUUAAACUUUCUCCUUUCCUGUACUCAGAUAUGCUACGUGGUACCUCUUCUAUCUUGAGAAUAAAACCAAGUUUUGAAGAUGGCUAUAAGAUAAAAGCAACGCAUAUAGACUCACAUCCUUAGUGAGCUAAUGUUAGCAAAACGCCAGCUAACUCAUUUACAUGAAUUGUUAGGGAGCUAGUUAGUAAGUGUUUUUGCAAAUGUUAACGAACUUAAGAUGUGACUGUUGCUUUUUUUUAAACCGUUUUCAAAAUUCAGUUGUUUUGGGUAUUGACACGCUUGACUGUGAUAGGAGCAUGGGGUGAAAAGGGGUGGGACUAAGGAAGGGUCAGUUCCUAUGUGCUAUGUUUUACUGCUACUGUACCAUUCAGGUUAAGGAGACAUGAUCUGUCAUGAACCUGUUAGUCAUUUCCUCUAGAUUUCAAAAGGUUUCCUCUCAGACAAAGCUUGAGAAAAGGAAUUCCCUCACACCAGCUUAGUUUACUUGCUUAGUUUCGCUUUAUUCCCAGAUGUCUAUGGGAUCAUGAUUAUGUUAUUAGAUCCCAUAGACAGUCAACAACUGAGCCACGAUAUCCCCAUAUUGCUGUUCCACAUAACUCAGACUACAACAAAUAAAUAAAAGUGAUCUGUCCAAGG